AUGCAGGCAUAUGAACUCAGCACCCUAACGGGCACCCAAGUCUUACUUCUGGUCGUAUCGGAGACAGGUCUCGUGUACACGUUCACGACUCCCAAACUCCAACCACUCGUAACCAAACCCGAAGGGAAGAAUUUGAUUCAGGCCUGCUUGAAUGCUCCUGACACUCCCACCGGUCAGGAGUCACCUACCACGACACGCACAUCUCAAAAUGCCUCCGUCUACGGAAAUGACAACCCCGCCCCCGUAGAUAGUAGUAACAACGAUGUCUAUGAUAAUGAUCGAAAGAACCAGUAUAUUGGCCUAACAGCUCCUUACAAUCAAUACGGCACAAUUCCUAGUAGUAUGGCCCUGGGAACCAGCGGUAUUCCCCCGUCUUACAUGUCGGGAUAUCAAUACAACCAGUCGCACUUGAAUCAGUACGCACAAAACAGCUAUAUGCAGCCCACCGGAUAUUGGCCACCCUCGAACGCUACCUCAAAUGGAAACAAGGUGUCCCAGUAUCAAAAUCAAUCUCCCGAAAAGAAGUAA